AUGAUCGAAGCCAUCAAGGCUGGCUGUAGCGCAGCUAGUGCGACGGCCUAUGAGUACACCAAAAUCAUCGACAUAUUCGUGGGUCAGGCCCAGAUUAUGUGGCCUUGGGUUUAUGGAGCCUUCAAGGUACUCCUGGUUGCACGGGUGAAUCAUACCGAAAUGAAGCAGAAUGUGGAAGAGCAUAUGGCCACCAGUAAAGCCAAGUUUGAGAUUGUCGAUCAUUUGACAACAUACCUCCCCUCACAGCGCCUGCUGACUGCAGAAAACGCAUUCAAAUCUUUUGCCAAGCUUUGGACAGCGCUAAAGCCUAUUGUUCGGUCAAUAGAACGGACCUUCAACGAAGUACGGGACAUCAUUCAUUUUUCGAACCAUUUCACCGGCGAUGUUGUAUUAACCAAGGUGUCACGAAUGUUGGACCUUAUCGAAGGGGAGGCGGUCCGAUUCUCCAAGGCCAGUGACGUCGAACAAACCUGCCAGCUGUUCCGACGUCGCGUCGAAGCCAAGUUGGAGAAACAUGAUGCUCACCUGGCGGACCCUUUUAUCGACCUCAUUACCUUCGAAGAAGCACGCGCCCAGCAGCUGAAAGUAGAGGAGCAGCGUCCAGAGAUGUGA